UGCUGUUAUUUGCUGUCUUGUUGUUUGAUUCAGCUAUCGUUGGGUUUCUUUGUUUGUUUUCUCCCUCCCUCGGUCUUUCUCUUCGUUUUCCUUUGGAGAAGGUGCUGAGCAAUGUGGAAUUGUGUUCAUUGCUGAAUUUCAGAGCAUAGGGUGACGGUGUUCUGUGUGGUUAGUGAACUGCACAACUGUCGGGACCUUUGUUCUUUGCCCAUAACCUGCCAGUGGUUGAAGCGAGAAAGCAAGCCCAGCGGUGGGUGAGGACUGUGACCACCCUUCGUUCAUGAUUCCAGGCGUUCUUAUGUAGCUUCUCGAACAAUGCUUGUUGAAUUGUUCUUUAUACCUCGAAGGUAAAUGAAUGAGUAGCUCAUUGUUGACUGAAGAGACCGGUUGUUCAAUUCUGAGAACAUGUUUGUGAUUUGUGUUACAGUUUGGGGUCGUUUGGAUAGAUUAAUUGUGGUAUUUUGUAAAGUCAAAUAACUCAUUAAUUGUUCAUGUGGUAUUUCAUGGUAAUUGGAUUAAAGGAAAGUAUCUCUUUUAAUUGAACCAUACAAUACAAAUGUGGUAUUUGGCAUGUGGUAUUUGGUAAAAACAAAAGGGCAAAACAAGUUAUUACGAAAUAACAUAGGGGCAUGAGUUAUUUUAAAUAACUCGUUUUGAAUUAUUUUUAAAUAACUCAUUUCAGUAUAAUGCUACCAAAUUAGUUAAUUGUGUACAAAUAAUUUCAAAUUAGUUAAUUGUGUACAAAUAAUUUCAAAUAACUCGCUCAUAAGUCAUACCUAAGGUUGGGCAACAGGCAGGUUGGGUGGGUUUUGGUCUCAAAUUGACCCACCUGCUUACUAGCGGGUUGGAAUAAUUGUGAUCUGCAAUCCACCCACAUACUUCUGCGGGUUGUGUUGGGUGGGUGGCGGAUGGGUGCGGUUCGGUGGCGAGUCAACCCGCAAAAGCAAUUUUCCAUCUAGCCAUUAAGAAAGUUGACUAACAUUUAUAAUAAGUUCAUAGCAAAUUAGUAAAGACUGUAUCAAUAAUUUGUGAUUUUGAUACAAUUAAUAAUUUAUAGUUUGCAUCCCAAUAUUUAAUGGUUGUUAACAAUAAUCUGCAUAUUAAUAUCUAAUAUCUAAUGGAUAUUGCACAACACAAUGACCAAUAAUAGUAGUCAAAACUAUUAUUUAUUCUCCACCUUUUGAAGUAUAUGGUCAGAUUGUAGUGCAGUUCGAUUAUAUGAUGAAUAUUCGAUAGUUUUAGAAACAACUUUUUUUCAUGUAAAAAUAGGAUGCGGGUCAUAUGGGUGACCUGCAAUCCACCCACCACCCACCCACAUAAGUGCGAGUGAGAGAUUUACCAAUACGCAUUUCACUCAUAUCAAUCACCCACUACGUGCAGGUCAGGUUAUUGCGAAUAUCUCGAUAUCAAUCAGCGGAUUAACCACCCCUACUCAUACCCAUUCAAGCUUCUCUGCAACCGGGCAACUGAUCUCCUGAAACAGUCGCAUAUGAACUCGAUCUUUCUACCGGUGGUCCUCAGUGACCAGGCCCACAAGCCCAUUGACCUGCCCGUCUCUGAAUUACGGGCACCUGCUUCCUUCGUUACCUUUUCCCAUCGACCAUUUUGGCGGUAAAUCUAACCGCCAAAAGAUCGCGCCAUUUCAGAUUUUUCAGCGACCAAUUAACCUAACUCGUGAGUCGUGAUUACGCUACACACACUGUAUACCCACCGCCGCGACCGAAAAGGCGAAAACCCGAGGGAACAAGAUCCGAAAGGGCGAGAGAGAGAAGGCGAGGGUUCUCGAACUAUCCUUAGCAGAAAUGGCUGCGACAGAGGCGCAGGUGGAGGAAGACUUCGCUGUGUGGAAGAAGAACACUCCAUUUCUCUACGACCUCGUCAUAUCUCACCCUCUAGAAUGGCCAUCUCUCACUGCUCACUGGGUCCCGCUACCGUCUCCGCUUCCCUACUCCGCGGAUCCUUCCUCUUUCAGUGUCCACAAGCUCGUCUUGGGAACCCACACCUCCGACGAGUUCCCCAACUACCUCAUGGUCGCCGACGCCGUCCUGCCCACCCGAGAAGCCCAAGCCAGGCUUGAUGGGGACUCGGAAGACUCUCCUAUUCCAAAGGUGGAAAUAAGUCAGAAAAUCCGGGUGGAUGGGGAAGUGAACAGGGCGCGGUGUAUGCCACAGAAUCCGGCUGUUAUUGGUGCAAAGACUAGUGGAGCUGAGGUUUACGUCUUCGACUCGGCCAAACAAGCUGAGAAGAAGGGUGACGAUUGUGAUCCUGAUUUUAGGCUGAGGGGUCAUGAUAAAGAAGGCUACGGAUUGUCAUGGAGCCCCUUUAAGCAAGGUUAUCUUGUGAGUGGUUCGAAUGAUUGCAAGAUAUGCCUGUGGGAUGUCUCUGCUGUGGCUCAAGACAAAGUGCUUGAUGCGUUGCACGUUUAUCAGGCCCAUGAAAGCGUGGUUGAGGAUGUUGACUGGCACUUGAAGAAUGAGAAUUUGUUUGGUUCAGUUGGGGAUGAUUGUCAAUUGAUGAUUUGGGACCUUCGGACAAACCGGACUCAGUCUUCUGUGAAAGCUCAUGACAAAGAGAUCAACUACCUCUCCUUCAAUCCAUUCAACGAGUGGAUUCUGGCUACAGCAUCUUCAGACUCUACUGUUGGUCUGUUUGACUUGCGAAAGAUGGAAGUACCUCUCCACGUUUUAAGUGGCCACACUGAAGAAGUGUUCCAAGUGGAAUGGAACCCUAAGCAUGAAACCGUGCUGGCAUCCUCUGCUGAUGAUCGAAGGCUAAAUGUCUGGGACCUUAGCAGGAUCGGGGAAGAACAGUUGGAAUUAGAUGCAGAGGAUGGCCCACCGGAACUUCUAUUCUCCCAUGGGGGUCACAAGGCGAAGAUAUCUGAUUUCUCGUGGAACAGAAACGAGCCAUGGGUAAUAUCAAGUGUCGCAGAGGAUAACUCUCUUCAGGUUUGGCAGAUGGCUGAGAGCAUUUACCGGGAUGAUAACAUUGACAGCGACAUUGCAGCCACGGAUAAGCAACCAUAAAUAGGGGAUGAUGUCCUCCAGUGCCCCUAACUUUACAAGAUCCGCUUUUCAUGUUAUGUUAAGACACACACAAUGCUGUUUGGACUCUGUUUUAGCUCAGUGUGUUUCUUGUUUUAUGCCAUGUUGUGGUAUCUUUUUGGAGAAUGGGAAGUAUUCAUUCGUGUCUUGGGAUGUAUAGUCUUGAUUGGUUUCGUUGAAGUUUCUGUCUCCCUUUCUUUUGAGCAUGUGCUCAUUGAGACUUGAAGCCUGCCCUAUGGCUUGGUUCCAGGAACCUUCGUUUCAGAUGGGAAGCCGCGGCUGGAAAGCAAAAGCCUCUCAUGGAAUCCUCUGAAUCUCCAGAUUCUGAUUCUCUUUCCAUGUGGUCUAUUCACGCAGGGUUGCUUCAAAAGUGAGCUGAAACUUUAGACAAAGAUCAUCCACCAAGCAUACAAAGUGAAAGGGGCCUUAUUAUUAGCUGUUGGGCAUUUGGUUGCCAUUAUAUAAGCAAACAAAAAAAGCUUAAAGUUGUGC